UGGCAGUGAAGUCAGAUGUGACGUCACAAACGUUAUACCGGCAGGGCGGUAAAGUGGUGGUGUGCAUAAAGUGAAUUAUGUUUGUUUGGCAUUGUGCUUGCUUUAAGAAAGCGACUGUUUCGUUAAUAGAAAUGAUGAACGUUGAUAAUGAUAUAUUUGUUCUGGGACUUACCAGCCCAUAUAGUAAACGUGCCAGCCCAGUUUAUUACGAACUUUAGAUUAUGCCCUAUACAUCACGUGUACUGAAUUUCGCAUAUUUACAUCAAAGUGAAGAAUUGAAUGUUGUGACAUAAUGGCCAAUGAGUCUGACAUAUCAAAACCAUUACGGUUAUCAAACUAUUUUCGAUGUUUUUGUGAUGAGCUCGCACUUCCCAUCUGCGAGGGAAAAGACAUGGACCUGUGGACGCGUUUGGAGACCACAGCCAGUCACCUCCGAAAGGACUGUUCAUGGAAAAAAAUCCAAGCAUUGUUAGAAGAUGAAGCAACAUCCAAAGUGGCUGUCAAGGGACUACUUAAGAAACUGUUUGCUGUAUCUCAAGAGCUGUCUGAAAUGACAGAAAUUCCUGUGGAGGAAGUAGCAAUACUUCUGCUGCGUUUAUUCAUCCAACAACCUGUGACUUCCCUACUGUUGAAACAAAUUAUGAAGCAUGUAUUUGGAACCUUUUCAACAUCUGUCAUCAUAUACAGAAUCCACCAGAUUGUUCAAGACAUUGCAACAGUUCUGCCACAGUAUACUCUUGAGGUUCUUCAAGAAAAACAGAAGAGGCUGGGUUACAGGCAGGAAUUAUUUGGAAGUCACAUUAAAUUUGUUCCACUGAAUAGGAAUAAAAUUAUAUAUCCAGAUGUGUCGAAACUAAAUGAUAUUACUUUAAUGGAUGAAAAUGUUCAAAAUGAAGGUCUGUUAGCUGAAGACUUGGAAGAUAAUGCUGUUAAUCAAAUACACGAAUCUGAGCAACAGAAGUUUUCAGAUUCCAGGUCUUCAGUAUAUCAAGUGCACUGUCAGCAUUUUGAAACUGCAUUCUGUGAAGAGGUGAAAUUAUAUACUUCCUUAAAGACAACAAAAGGCUUGGGUUUAAUCAUGCCUCUGUCAGAGUCAGAUGAGGCUGGACAGAGUGCAUUUGAUAGAAAAGAGCGCAAUAGCAUUGAUUCUGCGCUUUUUGAGUCAGUAUUUGAUUCAGAUAAAAAUCUUAUGAUCACUCUUCCACUUGGUUUUGACAAAACAAAUAUAAUUUUGUUGGCAGUGUUCAAUCUUCUGUCUGCCACAUCAAGUAAUUUCAGCACUCAUGGACAUCAGUUGAAGGUACUUUAUCUUGUGGGAUCAAAAGAAGCAGCUGAGCAGGCAUCACAGAAAUUGGCUAACAGGCUUGAGUCACAUAAAAUUGUUGUCAGCUGUUACACUGCCUCUACACAUGUCACUAAGGCUAACUUUGAGUCUGCACAAAUUCUAGUAACUACUGCCAGUGUAUGGAGAGACAUAGCUCAUGUCUUAGGGAAUGAUCAGAUGUUGGAAGUUGUGAGACUACUUAUUAUUGAUGAAAUGAAUUGGUUACAAGAAUCCUGUGGUCCAGCUCUGGAAACAAUUGUUACCAGAACUACAGGACGGGCGAAACAUGACAGACCAGUGCGUAUCCUGGGUUUCACAGUCUCUCUUCUGUCAGCGGACUGUUCUCCAGCAUCUUUUGAUAUGGCUAAGUUCCUGCAUGUGGAUGCAGAUAAUACAUUUGUGGUUGGACAGAAUCAUGCCACAAUUUUGCCACAAGUAUUUCUAGUGAAAGUCAAAGUUAAAGGAGCAGAUGAAUAUAGAAAGACUGUAGAUGAAAUUUGUUGCAAGAAUGUAGAUAAGGCCAUUUGCCACAAUAACAAGGUUGUAGUUUUUGUUAAUUCUGAAGCUGAUGCAGUUCAUACGGCAGUGUUAAUAAGAAACAUGACAGAUAAAUAUCUGAAAUAUAAGUUAAACCUGCCAAACAAUAUAAAGAAUACAUUACUUAAGUUCUUGACUGAAUGUACAAGUGAGGAAUGCAAGAGCCUGUGUUUGAAUGGGUUUCUUAUUAUUAGUUCUGAAAUGACUGCUAAUGCACGGAAUUUUAUAAGUAUCAUUUUUAGGAGAGGAAUAGCAAAGAUUGUUGUGGCUACCUCAAAUUUUGCUUGGAUGCUGUCAAACCAAGGCGACACAGUUAUUAUCAAAGAAACAGGAGAAAGUGGAUCCUUUACUGGUAUUGGGAUGUCGGUACUUGUUGACAUGCUGAAUGUGGCUACUUCAUUUUCUGGUAAAAAAUAUACCAAAACCUACCAAAGGAAAGCCAUUAUUUUAUGUAACAGCAGGUUUGAAGAGUAUCUUGCACUCCUUCAGAACAAACAUUUUGUAGAGAGUCAGCUCCUGGAAUGUUUACCUGAGUGCUUAAAUACAGAGAUAACUUUUAGUAAUCUUUCAACUGUGACAGAAUGUGAAGAAUGGUUCAGAUGUACCUACCUGUAUCAUACAAUGAGAAGCAGAGCUACAGAACUAGGUACAGAUUUAAGUCUGGCUGAAGAAGUACAAGUACUGGUCUCAAAAGCACUGAAGGUAGUAGAAAGGGCAGGCAUGAUCCAUUUCUUGUGCUUGGGGAGUUUCAAACGUACAGAACUGGGUCACAUAGCUGAUCACCUCAACAUUGAUCAUCUGUCCAUGGAAUUUAUUGGAAAUUAUACGAAAAGAGUGCUAACUGUGAACAGUAUUAUUGGUAUUCUGUCAAAGGCUCCAGUGUUUUCAAAUAUCCAGGUGAAGGAAGUGGAGGCUGAUGAACUUAGGCAUAUGAAAGACAAGUACUGUAAUCUUGUGCCUCUUAAUGAAAAUAACGAAGUUAGCAAUAUGGUCAUCAUCCUUCUGCAGACAUAUCUGUUGGGUGGCAAAGUUCAGUCUUCUGGGCUGCGACGUGACCAAGACUUUAUUGUAAAGAAAACAGGAAGUUUGGCAAGAGCCAUGUUUGAAGUCAGCUUGAGCAAGAGAAAUGCAGCAUUGGCAGAUCGGUGUUUGCAGGUAGCCAAAAUGGUAGAGAAAGGUGUUUGGAAUAAUUGUAAUGUGACUUCAGAAUCACCAAAAGUUCAGCUUCAAGUUCAUCUCCAGCCAAUCUCCAGGACAGUUAUCCUGGUAACUGUGUUCAUAACACCAGCUUUUAGCUGGAAAGAAGAACUGUUUGGCAUUUCUCCUGUGCUGUUUUGGUUGUGGGUAGAAGACUCGGGCAGCAACUUUAUCUGUAAUCACGAAUCCUUUAAAUUGACAAGAAACGUUGUUGAAAAUAAGACUUGUGUUGAACUUACUCUGCCAGUGACAACAAGUGUUCCAUUGCCAAACCAUUUCACAGUAUGCAUAGUCAGUGAUAAAUGGUUGGGAGCCGUCCAAACUUGUAAUGUAAAUCUUCGGCAAGUGUCUUUGCCAAAUGAUUGCUUAAACAUAACAGGAUUGCUGAAACUUCAUCUAUUGCCUGUGUCAGUUUUGAAACAAGAAGCUUUUGAGCAAAUGUACUCAUUUCACCACUUCAGUUCUGAAAUCACACAGGCAUUUCAUUCACUCUAUCACACGGACUGUAACGUGUUGCUGGCAGCGUCUGCAACCAAGCACAGAGUUACUGCUGCAGAGUUGGCCAUUUUCAGGGUCAUGUCUAACAAACCUGGUUCAAAGGUAGUGUACUUGACUUCACAGAAGUCUGAAGUGAAGGCAAGGCUGACUGAGUGGCAGAAGCAGUUCAAAAAAUUUGGUUGGAAAUUAAUAUCUUUAUCAGAAGACAUUAGUGAAAGCAUUCAAACUUUCUUCAGUGCUGAUAUUGUUGUGACCACUGCUUAUCGUUGGGAAGUUACCAGUCGUGCCAGAGAAAUUCGAAAGUCCCUGAAAGCUUCCAAAGUGAGUCUGAUCAUUGUGGAUGAACUGCAAGUUUUGGACACAGCAGUGGAAGCUGUCGUGUCUCGAGUGAGAGCACCUGAAAUUCGUGAUAAUGUGCGGCUGAUAGGCUUAAGUCGGGCUACCCUAGCGUAUACAAAUGAUUUUGCACGUUUUCUUGGAAUACCACCUGAUUCUCCACAGGGUAUAUAUAAUUUUGGAUAUGUUUCCAAUAGUUCCAGUUCAUCUAUUACAGCAGUAGAGAUUGUAGCUUUUACUCAGAAACGGUAUACCACACGCAUGAUGAUUAUGUCACAAGCUGUUUGGGACACUUUAAAAAAACACCUGCAGCCUAAUAAAUGUGUGUGUGUGUUGGUUCCAACACAAAGGCAGGUUAUUCUAACGGCUCAAGUGUUGAAGACGAGAGUUAUGAAUUCAAAGAAUCCUAAGGUUUGGUUGCAUUGUGAAGUGAAACAAGAUACAAAACAUGUUAUCUGUGCUCAAGAUUUAACUGUGCAAGACAUGCUACAACAUGGAAUAGGCAUUCUGCACUCUGGAAUGAGUGAAGUUGAUUGUGACAUUGUGCAAGAUCUGGCAACCUCACAAAAAAUAAGGGUUAUAGUGGUAAGCUGGGAUGUGAUAGAUGACAUAGAAAUGAAAAGCCAUCUUUUGAUUGUCAAAGGAACUGAACAAUACUGUGUCAGUAUGGAGAACUACAUUGACAUACCAAUACGUGAAAUAGCAGAUAAGAUUUAUUCGUGUAGUACCUGUUGGACAAAGGCUGUCAUUUUUACUCAGGAGUCAAAGAAGUCCUUGUACCAGGCGUACUUUCAAGGUGCUCUGUGUGUUGAAUCACAUCUGUUGGCAGUCUUACCUGAAUACCUCAAUACUGAGAUUAAUACAAAGACUGUGGAGUCAAGAAAAUCAGCAUUAGAUCACCUUUCCCGUAGUUACCUGGGCCACAGACUUAUCAGCAAUCCAUCCUACUAUUUGGGUUCGAUGUUUACGGAUGAGUCCAAAGGCUACCAAUCAUUGUUAGUAGAAAAGUCACUGUGCUCUCUUGAAGCUGCAGGAUGUGUUAUUUUGGAGGACUCUGGACACCUUCAGCCAACUUUGUUGGGUUUAUUGUCUUGUUCCAUGGAACUGUGUCAUAACACAGUCAAGUAUUUGAGCAAAAGUUUAAAUUCUUGUAUGACACAGCAGGAAAUAUUGCUACUUAUAUGCCAUGCUCAGGAAUUCACAAAACUGCCUGCUAGAGUCCAUGAUAAUCAACUUAUUAGGGAGCUGAAGAAACACAGCCGUUGGAAGCUGAGGCAAAGAAAUCUUGUACCUGUGGUGGUAAAAGUAUUCUUCUUACUGCAGUCCCAUUUUGCAGGACUGGGGUGUAGGUUGUCUCAUUUUAUUGGCUAUAUGUCAGAUAUGAAAGAAGUUCUUGUUUCUGCAAAGAAAAUUAUACAGGUGGUGGUUGUGAUCUGCAGUGACCGAGGAUGGCUGAAGAGUGCAUUAUGGGCACAAUUACUACAGCAGAUGCUUGUGGUUGGUAGCUGGGGUGAUGGAAGUGCUCCUUUAUGUACACUGCCCCAUGUUGCACAACGUAAUGUGAAGUUCCUCUUGUCUCACGGUCAGAAAACUUUGAGAUGUCUACCUGAACUUCAGGCUCUGUAUUGUAAGAACUACCCCACAAUGGUUGAAACACUGAAAGAUCAUUUUCAGGUUCAGGAGAUAAUGGAGAUUCACAAGGCAUUGUGUAAUCUUCCAAUAGUAAACGUUAAGGUGACAGUGCAUAAUGAUAAUAGGUGUUGGAAGCUUAAAGAAAUGUAUGAGAAGAUAAACGGAGGAAACAUGGUCCAGUUAACCCCUCAGAGAGAGUAUACUUUGUCUGUGGAACUAAAGGAAGUUUGCGGCAGAGGUUCGUGGAGAAUCUUUCUGGGGCUUGGACAGGAACUACAGGCUAUGAAGACAGUGAACACUGGUACCCAUAAAGUGUUCCUCACAUUUGAAUCUCCAGAUGUGACAGGUGAAGUGACCUACACCUUAUAUCUAAUGUCAAACGUUCACAUUGGACUGGAUCAGCAGUUCGACUUGCGUUUUAACGUCGCUGUACCACGAAGGUCUAAAGGUGCACAUACAAAAUAAUCUUCACUGCCAACUCCGAAAGUUUUCUUCAAAAUAGGUAUGUGAAAUAGAUGAUUAUUUCAGUUCUCCAUACUGAGUUUUACAGGGCAAUUAAAAAGUUGUGCAACUUCAUUAAAAUAUUGCUAUCUUUAGGUGUUGAAAGUGACUUCCUUUGAAGCACUUAUUCUGGGUCUGUUUUUAAUCAUUGAUGUUUCAUGGCUCACGUAAAUGAUGAAUAAGAUGACAUAUUGUUGAUUUAUCAGUAUUUGAGCAAUAUAUAAAUACUUUCUUGUAUUCAUCCUGACAUUUUGUGUAGAAUGAUUGCUCAACCCUUGAAAACUUAUAUAAAUUACAUCUUGCCUGUGUUUGCGCACAUGUUUAAAUGGUGGCGAGUCCUGAGCAGUGGGUUAAGGUUAUGUUAAGUGAUAAACACAUUUUCAAAAAUAGCUAAUUUUUUAUGUUGGGGAUCUUGUACAUAAAUGAAGUUUCUGGAGUUGGCCCAUUAUGUUGUUUCAUUCGUCUAGUCUCGAUACAUUCCAGAAACAUUUUUUUUUUAAACAAUUUUGAGUGAAGCUGUGUCUGCCUUUAUAAGUGACAUACUAAACUGUUUUUGAACACAACCUUAUAUAAAUAGUGAUUUUGUCUUUUGUCAAUGUUCUGAAAGAGCCAUCUUUGAAAUAAUCUGUAAUGGCAUUCGUAAAAUUACUUUGUGAUUUUUUGGUUGUUUGUAAAAUAUUAUACUUCAGACUAGGAAGCUGGUAUAAAUAAAACUGUGAGUUAGUCAAGGUACUGUCUCAAGACAUUUUCAUUUGCUUUAAGAAAAAUAUAACCUUAUUACAAAACAAAAGUUUAAAUGUAAUUAAAUAGUUGUUACAACAAUUUGUAAGUCAUUUUUCUUUAAAUAUAAGUAGUAAGCCGUUUGUAACACAAAUUGUAAUAAUUUCGUAAUAAAUAUAGUUUUGAUUU